AUGUCCAUAAGUAACAUACUACACAAAGUAUGGUAAAAAUUGUUCUGUAUAUUUAUAAAAAUUUCUUUCGAUUAAUGAAGAAAGUAAUUAAGAAACAUUUCCAAAGAUAAUAGUUUAUUCAUUGAUUUUUAUUAACUUAAUUUUCUCUGUGUUUCACUGAUGUUUUAUCUUUAUUUCCUCCGCUUUUUCAUUGUGCUGAAUAACUGAUUACGUCAGUUAUUAUAAAAUAGGAAAUGUAAUUACACAUACAUCGAAGAACAUUAAUUAGAAUUAAAUAUCAGUCUUGAAACCAUGAAGCUUGACUUUUAUUUUCAUGCCAUGCAAAGAUAAUAAAAAUAUUAUUAACUAAGAAGAGAAAAUACCUGCACGACUAUAGGAGUUAAUUUUCGUGAUUCGUUCUUGAUAAGAAAUGGCACCGCACAAAGUGUAGUGGCAAAUUAGUGGACGGUGGUCUUAAAGAGGAGCGUGACAAAAGGUUAUUAUGCGUGGGUUUUACGAUCGAAAAGGAAGAGGAUAUUAGGCCUGUGAAAUUGGCGAUCGAUAGACCUUCGGAGAAGUUCCUGGCCUUUCUAGACAAAUACUAUGGUCUCUCAAAGAUUAUUCCGCAGAAUAAUAAAUUUGUUGUCUUUCAAGGAUUUUUCGACGACGAACGUCAGGAUGUGAGGACCAAUAGAUACAGUUUACCUGCAAAGACUUCAGUUGAUAUUGGUGCUGCUAACGUCGUACACAAUAAUCUUGGGAAGAGUAAUUCUAGAUAUUCAUGGUUGGUCGUUAAAGAGUUAAGGAAAACAUACAGCAAUAACACAGCAAUACGCGAUAUAAACAGCUUUCACUAUUUUUACACUGAAUGUGUAUACGCUACCUCUUGCCAGCGCACAUUUUGAAAAACCGAGCACACCGACUGCAACACAAUUGAAACCGGAACGACCACGUUCGUUGAGUCUUUAUUCGGAAGAAGAACAGAAGCAACGUACAAGUGAAUUGUCAACAGUAGCAACACCUGCUUUACCGGACUAUCAACCAACUCCUUUAACUACCAUUUUACGAGAAACAGAGAAAACUGAAAAUAAUAUGAAACCAUCACCAUCAUGUAGUCAAGAAGUAGCUGGUUCCAAUCAACACAAUAGAUUAGAUCUAAAAUUCUAUCAUUCUCCUCUAUGGUAAAAGAAAGCAUUGGGACAAUAUUAGAAUUAUAUCAUUUGCAUGUGCAAAAAAAUUAAGAAUGCUUUAUCUCUCAGAACAAUCAAUGGAAAGAUAACUAAUAAUAAGCUUAAUGGAAAAUGAACAACUGUGGUACUUGAGAAGUCUACACAAAUAGUAAAGUGCAGAGAAAUGUGUACAAUAACAAUUGGAAAAGGCAACUUUUUUAUUUUUUGUGAGAAUAAUUAGCAAAUUAUUAUUGAUUAUUUUAUCAAUAUUUUAUCAUUUACAUAUAUAUAUUAUAUGUAUAUCUCGUAAAAUUGCACUUUAAGCAAAAGAUAUAGAAACAAUACUUAGAUUAUUAUUAAAAAUGACUAAUAAUUAAAACUUGAAAAGAAAUUGUAUAAGUCAUAUUUUCGUAAUAAAAUCUUAAAUUUACGUCGAUGAUUUUUUCCAGCACUUUCUUAAGCUUUAAUUAGGCUUAAUGUUACAUUGGAAAAAGUACUCAAUCUGAAAUUAAACAGCUUCAGUUGAUUGAAACGAUGAUGAUAUUGAAAUUGUUAGUAAAUUAUUAUGACGAAACAGAUUAAAAUCGUAGUACACGAUUGAUGUUCAUCGUGUAGAAUGCAUAUAUAUACAUAUAUUAUACAUAUAAACUGGCUUGUAAUUUUAUACAUAGAUAAAAAUGAUGCAAGACAUUUUUCAUAUAUCACAAAUAUAGCGAUACGUAAUUUGUAUGAUAAACUUAUCAUUCUAUUUUUUUUUUUUUUUUACAUCACAUAGUUUUUUUACACUAAUCUUAGAGAAAUUUAUUGUUACUUACUUCUUAAACUUGUCAAGUUCAAUAUUUUAUUGGAACAAAAAGAAAUUUUAGUACAAAAUAUAUUUAUUGAUUAUAAAAAUUUUGUAUUUUCUAUUAUUAAAUUCGUAGAAAUCUAUAAAAUUAUGGUGACAAAGUGAAACCUGAAUAUAAAGCGAAAUCGUCGUUGUCACUAAAAAUAUAUCACAUGAUAAGAGAAUAAAAGUAUAUAAAAUAUAAAAUAUCGUGAUUUUAUUUUAAUAAUUGUAUUAUUUGGUAUAUUGCAUUAUUUGAUAUAAACAUCUUCCAUAAACUUCUAACAUAUAAUGAAAUAACUCUUUCACUUCAUAAAAAUUGCAUUCAAUUGAAUUAAAUAUCAUAUUCUGCACCAUCUAGUUUCUCAUCAGUUAUCCAAUAUACUAAAUUGGAACAAGUUUCAGGUUCUAA